AUGAACGACGCAUUGGUGUCAAACACGACAGCGCAGUCAAUUGCUGCGGGUAUGAAACAUGUCCAGAUCACCGGCAACGCCGAGGAUCUGGCCGGAUACAUGACCUUGGAGAUCAAGGGCCAAGAAAUCAACAUCACGGCCAACGGGUAUCCCGGCAUUCCCGGCGAUCCGGGAUACGUGCAAGCGGCAAAGAACAAAUUCGCAAGAGUUACUCAAGGCCUAUCCGUGGGUGCCCAUGGCGCUGCUGUAGAGAAGAAUAUCGCCGAUAUAGCCAACGUCACGGACGUGUCGGUGUUGUUGGGGGAAAUGGUCGAGGUGGGAAGCGCAACUACGGCGAAUUAUGGCUUCAGCACGGACACGACCCUGGACACUUUGAAGGCGUAUUACGCCGGUCAAGCGCGAAGCAGGGUCCUGCCUUGA